GAGAGCUUUAUGGGCUUGAAGCGGUUAACACUUUAAACGGUAGUUUGACAUUGAAUCAAAAUAGUGUACAAUGGUUUUAUGGUCUAAAAUGGGAUUUUGAUUACGACUAUAUCUUGUUGUUUAAUCCUUAUUGGCAUUAG